UUCCGAGCUGAACAGCCCCCCGGUGGCAUGCUUCGUCACCUCUGAAACUUUGGCACAACCAGAGUCGCCUUGUUUGGCCAGCCAGCCUGGUCUGAAUCUCAUCUUCAACCACGUCCCCUGCCCGCAGCUCACCUCACCCUCUCACUCACCCUCGCGACUUCACUACCUGGCGAACUCGCGAAACGUCCCCGUCCACUUCCCCUGGCUUCCAGCCUCUGCUUGUUGCCGUUUUCCGGUUGCCACUUUCCUUGCUGCUGCACCCGACCGACCGCCGCACUCCCAUAUCUGCUGUCCACCGCCGCUUUCGCUGCCCGGCUUUUUGUUUGUUUAUCCCCGGGAAAGCCCUCGCUCGCGUUCGCUCAUUGCACGAUCCCGCCCAACAAUGUUGCCAUGCCUCUAAUUUAGGCGGCCACGCCCACCGACGCUGUGCAGCUCGUACGACCUUCAUCCGCCGCUGCCUCUCGUCGUCGAGCCGCCACCGCCGCCUACCCACUUCGGUUCGCCCGUGCUGGUUUGUAGAGCCUGCUUGGCACAGACGGGCGCACCCUCGACCGCCCCCUUUCUCCGUCCUUGGCCCCAACAGGGCUCAGGCGGCUGACCGACAGGCUUCAGCCCACCACCCCAUCACCAUAAUCUAAUCGCCCUCUCGCAUGCCGCCUUAUAUGACCCGGCUUACGUCCAAGAGCUACAGCCCCCAACAUCCCCGGCUACCGCUGGUUUCCGCCUGCAUUCUAUACCAUUGCUCUGGCUUAUUCCCACUUUGUUUCUCUACGCCCACUGAAAGAACACAUCCCACUCCGCCCACGACCCCUUUUAUUACAUUGCAUUAGAAACCACACGCGGCCGCCAUGGUCUCGGACGAGACCUACGACAUCUGCCUCCCCAUACUAGAGGACACGACUCUAGAGGAGGAGGAUAAGACGGAUAAGCUCGAGGAGCUGCUGCGCAAGGAAACCACGCUCAGCGGCGCCGCCCUCGAGAAUGCCGUAUUAGACGCGCUGUGGCGCUUCCGCGACGGAGGGGGCACCGCGGCCUCGCCGCCGCCCAUAAGACAGACCAUCCUCCGCCGCCCAUCCCCGGCCUCGUGGCGCGGUGGCUCGUCCACUCCCCUGCCAGGAUCUCCGCGUCUCGGCGUCAGCCCCCUCGCCCCGCCGGGAUUCAUCCCAACCCCGUUCGGUCGCAGCGUCACCGCCAAGUCGUCAACAGCCUCUCCCUUUGGCUCACCCCGCCCCUCACCGAGGCUAGCUUUUGCGAGCCCGGCCAUCCCGCACAGCCCGAACCUGAACGCAUACGAGUUUGCUACGGAAGCACCCUCGCAAGAAAUCUUUGGUGACCUGCAGUCGGACAAUGUUGACUGGCUCACCAACGAUGAUGCCAUCAGCGUCACGUCAUCCCUGGGGACCGGGAGCGCGCUCAAUGCUGCCGCUCCGGAGUAUGCACCUUCGCAGCAGAUAGAUAUGACCCCCUAUGACAUGCUCCGAUCUAUACUCGGUCAGUCGAGGACCGACGAGGAGAUAGACGUAGCCCUGUCCAUGCACGGAUACGACUUGGGCGCAACCAUAUCGGCCAUCAUGGAGAGCCAGACACCGUCUGAAGCGGGCGCGCUGGUGGCCGCACAGAUGGAAGAAGCAUCAAGCUUCCUGGUCGGGAAGUCCAUGACUCCCGACAUCCGCCCGUCCACGCCUGCGGACCAGCGAUCGGGCGUGAUUUGCAAGUUCUUCCUAGCUCAAGGUCAGUGCCUGCGGGCCGACUGUAGGUUCUCGCACGACUUAAGCAACCACGUGUGCAAGUACUGGGUUGCUGGUAACUGCCUUGCAGGCGCCACGUGCAUCUUCUCGCACGACCCUGUGCACCUAAUGAACAAGCUCACGGUUGACGGCACCAGCACGCCCCCGGCGUCGCACAAGGGGGCCAUAAGCAUCCAGCUGCAGGACCUCAACUCCUUCCCCUCGCUGCAGCCGCCAACACCCGAGCACGUGGGCGGGCUCACCGGAUCCAACAUGUAUCCUUCUCUUGGCAUCACGCCGCCUCCAGGGUUCAAAAUCUUAGGCGUCGGCGGCGAGGUUUCGCGCCCGCGGUCUCGCCCAGGGAGCCGCCACCAGCAGAAGGAAACGGCGCAAGCAGCGCCCUCGCUCGAUGAUACUGAGGCGUUUCCUUCGCUUGGUUCCGCUUCCGCCAAAGCGGCCGGCAAGAAGCACCAUGGCAAGCGUGGCGGCCAUGGACACCACAAGGAAAACUUUACGCCCAGUUCGCUGGCCGACAUCGUCAAGAUGUCCCCCUCUCCCCAGCCCGAGUCGUCCAAGCUGGCGUCGCGCAAGAUGGGACGAAACGGAAGCUCGACGAGCAUCAGAAACGGUGAAAAUAGCGCGACAGCUCAAGCUAUCCCUAGUCCCAAGCACAUCCCGUGGCUGGAGACAGGCGACAAGGCGAACAAGGCCUACCUCAAGGCUCGUCAGGAAGCUAUCAAGCAUGGCGGCCUGAGGAACAAAUUUCUCCAGAGUGCCGCUCAGGCGUGGAACCGAAACGACGCCCGCGCAGCCAAGGCACUGAGCCUGCGCGGGCAAAGCGAGAACGACCUCAUGCGGAAGGCGCACCGCGAGGCAGCCCGCGAGCUCUACGAGGAGCGUAACAAGAACAACUGGGCCAACCAGGAGCUGUACGUCGAUCUGCAUGGGCUCCACCCAGAAGAGGCGGUGGAAUACCUCGAGCGUGUUCUGCUGGAGAACGAGAAGGAAGCCAGGCCGGUUUAUGCCAUCACCGGGACGGGUCACCAUAGCAAAAAUGGCAAGGACAAGGUAGGCAAGGCGAUCCGCAACUUCCUCAACGAGUGGCGAUACGCCUACCGCGAGUUUUCGGUGCCAGGCGACCGUAGCAACAUGGGAGGGAUCCUCGGGAUUGAUGCAAGGAGCUGGGACAGAUCUUUGGCACGAGAUGGGUCCGCCGUCGCCGGUAAGGCUGGGGAUGGGGUCAACAAGGAGCCCAUCGACAUAAUGUCUCAGGGAGUGGAGAUCGGCGAGGGCAAGGUCAAGCUUCUGGUUAGGGACACAUCGGCUAAGGAGCCCCCUAAGGGCCCACGGGGUCGAUGACAUGUAUAGAGGAGUGCUCGGUUACAUCGGUACCACCCAGUUCAUAAUACCAUCCCUCCUACCCGUUCACGCUUGGGGCCACCCCGUCGCCGCAGUGGAGCCAGAUGGCUCUGUCAAGCAAAGAGUAGCGAAAGACGGGAUCGGGUACGUUGUUGUCUGGCUGACACUACGAGGUCAAAGGCGAAAGAUGCAUACGCAGACUGUCACCGAGACUGUUUCCAUGGCCGGGCCUCGGACACGCCACACAGCAAGCGGAUCGAAUGCAGAGCUAUUCUUUGCUCCUUUUAGAUAGGAUCCUAAUUCAGCACAUAUCGAGUCAUUCCGACGCGGGGUUGGCCCGGAAU